GUGUGUGUGAGACAGACGGAUAGAGAGAGCCAGCCAAUUCACUCCAGACCUUCCAUUGCCUUCUCCCUCUCUCUCCUCUCUCUCUAGAGCUAAGCUUGUUCUGUAUCAGUUCUUUGCUCUUGAGAAACAAGAAGUAAAGAAGAUGGGAGUGCUGGAUCGUCUCUCCGACAUCUUCGACUUCGAUGUCUCCAAGCCACGGAAGAAACGCAAGCCCAUGCAGACAGUUGACAUCAAGGUGAAGAUGGACUGUGACGGCUGCGUAAGGAGAGUCCGGAACGCUGUUUCGUCCAUGAAAGGUGUGAAAUCGGUGGACGUGGACAGGAAACAAAGCAAGGUGAGCGUGAGCGGCUACGUCGAAGCGGGCAAAGUACUGAACAAGGUGAAGAGCACGGGGAAGAGGGCGGAGCUUUGGCCGUACGUGCCGUACAACUUGGUGGCGUAUCCCUAUGCCCGUCAGGCCUACGACAAGAAAGCGCCCUCCGGCUACGUCAAGAACGUGCCCCAGGCCCUCGCGAGCCCUGGCGGCCCCGAGGAGCACUUCACCACCCUCUUCAGCGACGAGAACCCUAACGCAUGUUCCAUCAUGUGAACAACAUAUGAAACGGAAAGCAAAUAGAAGAGAAAGGUUAGUGCAGCUAGAUACUUUUGUCCAUGUAUAAAACGGUCCUUUGGCCUGCUGUAGUUCGAAUUUUGUCGGUUUAGGUUUUAGGAGCUUAUGUCUCGAGGUCUUUCAUAGGUUUCUUUGAUGUAAUCUUGUGUUAUUUUGGUACCUUUCCAUGGUUUCUAGCGAUGAAGGGACAGAUCAGCAUCGAUCUUAAUUUUUCCAAA